AUGAUGGAACGUGAUGGACGGCGAGAGCGAGGACUCCUCAAUGGACUUGAAAUGUUAGACGCAAUGAAAAGCAUCUGGAGACAAACAAAUGUGAAGCAUUGUCCACUUAUGGCUGUUAUUAGUUUGACAGCCGAUGUAGAAGAAUGUAAGAAACAUGGUGUUGACAUUGUCGUCCAUGGUAAUCACAAUGAUUUACAACAUCAAGUUAUUAAUCAACUUAAUUCACGUCUCAACAGAAGAUAUGACGAGAGGGUCAUUCUCAUUGGUAUUGCUGGUCCAUCCGGUUGUGGAAAGACAACUUAUUCAAAACAUCUGGCCAAUCAUCUUCGUUCUCCUUUUUUGCCGAUAUCACUGGACCGCUUUUUUACACCACCAAUCUAUAUUGAUCAUCCUAUUCUUGGCAACAUUAAAAGAUUAACUCUGACAUUAGCUUAA